CGGUUAUGGCCGAAGACCUCUCUGCGCAUGCGCCGAGUGCGUUAUUAGCCAUGACAAUUCAGGCUAGCUGCCACUCGGGUUAGAGCUGUGACCGCGAGCGCGUCGUCCGAUAACAGAAGAGAUCCGUCGACCUACCUCAAUUUUUGAUGCGCAUUUACCUGGAUUUCCAGUGACCGCACAUUUGAAUCAGGAUUUAUAUUUUUUUUUGCUAUAUGAGCGAAAAAGGGAGAUGGAGGCCGGCUAUCUUGAAUAGAAAGGAGCCAACGUCAUAACGCCAUUACGGCCCCUCGUCGAGUGCAAAACAGAAGUCAGUUACGAAAGUUAACAAGAAACAGGCAAAUCUAAAAAGAAGAAGAAAAAAAAGAAGUCAGUAAAGAACCAUUGAAACACUGGUACUGGGCCUACAGUAGAAGCCGAAAUCCAAAAAGAUACAAUUCAAUACAAUAUAAAUCCUGCGUAAUUCUUUCAGAGAAUUUAGUUAAUAUAACAAUAUCGGGUAGGUUUCGGAAUUUUACUAGGCAUUCAUUCGUCUUGGGUCUUUCUUCCGAGGUGGGAUUUAGUGGUUCGGUAACUUCUAGGGCAUCUAAAAAAUGACCAUGGCGACUAAUACGAUGGGGCUGCCGCAGUUUCAAGCUUUCCAACGAGUCCUUGAACUUCCUUUCGUGGAAAUGGCGCUUUCAUUAUCUGCUUCGACUUACUCGAAAGUGAAGGACUCGAAUCAGCUGCUCCACUGGACACUCUCUACGGCGGAAUCGUCUUUAACUUCUGCUACGAAACAAGCCAUGCCCAUUGCUGUUCCGAUCGUGAAGAAACUCGAGGCUUACAUUCAUUUUGUAGACCAUACUCUAUGUCAGGGACUCGACAAGAUCGAGGAGAAAGUGCCGAUGGUGAAGGAGAAACCGGAGCUUAUCUUGGAGAAUGCCUUCGUUCUGGCUUUGCAGACUGUCGAGCCAGCAGUUUCUACAGUCUUGUAUGCCAACGACCUCAUCCAAGCAGAAGCGAGUUCCCUGAAAGACGUCAGUUGGAACAAAGUUAAUGAAAUGUUAGACACUCAUUAUGGUAGCGUGACUCUUCAUGGAAUUGAUAGCACAGCAGUAAUCGUCGACAAGCUGAUCGAUCAAUAUUUCCCAGCGAUCCACGAAGAGUCCGAAGCAGCUCCCGUCUCUGUUACGGAGGAUAAAUUGCUCAAUGCUCUGCAAACUGUCGGUCGACUGUCCAAUAAAGCUGCGAGGAGGGUUUACUCGACUGUCGUUUUACAUCUGAGGACCCUGAAGGAGGACGACGUCAGGGAAUACGUAGGCUACGUUGUGAGAUUUCUUGGGAUUACGAGUUAUCUAUUCAUGGUCAACAAGACAGUCCAGGCAUACACAUCACCGAAGAAAGUAUCGAAUUAGAACUCUUAGUAGCAUCAUUUCAGUAGAUGAAAUCCAUGGCGAAUGUUCAUUGAGUCGUACAACUAUCAACAGAGCCAUAAUUUGAUUAUUAAUUGUAAUAUCCAAGUUUCCUAUGAAACGAGAGUUUAGUAUCGGUAUUUACAAGUCUCCUUGAAUCUCGUGCUAGAGGCAGACGAUCGCAUCCGUUUGCAAAAUAAUUCCUAAUCCUACAUAUAUUCAAUAUCUCUAAUUAAAUCAUAAGCUGCUGUGCAAGUAAUUAUGUAGGUUAGGGUGAUAAGCGAGGUUAGCUCCACUGUUUCAGAUAAUAAGUGUAAGAGCAUUUUGUAAUUAAUGAAAAAGAAAUUUGCAUGACCCUUUUACCUGCGUUUCCUUUCGUAAUGUAAAAAUAAAAUUUAUCUCGGGUAUUAAGAGAAUAUGAAAGGCGCUAAGAAAUUUAAUCCACGUCGAUAAAGUAAAUUUCAUAAGCUGGCGCGUCUCAUUACCGACAUUUAUAUUUAUGUCUAAGUCUUUUACGAUCUACGUUUAGAAUUAUACGAACUGAAGGGUUCCUAAAAAGCGUAAACAUCGAAAACCGCUGUAUUAAUCCCAGUCCAUGAUAAGUAAAUAAAUUUCUGAUGAAAAA